AUGAUAACAACAACAACGACAAAUGAGAUAAGUAUUUGUAAAAGUACUCAGAAUGAUAUGUUAACUACUGAAUGUAAAUGGUUAUCUGAUAAUAUGAAUAUAAAAUUAUCUAACGUUUAUCCUACAAUCUUCUCUAAUGGAAUACAAUUAGUUACUCAAUAUACUACUCAUAAUUCACCAUAUAUACAUUAUGCUGCUUCUAAAAUCAAUUCAAAUAAUCUACCUGAAUAUAUACCUUCACAAUAUAGCAAUUUAUCUAUGACUGAAUAUUAUUCUAAUCAUGUAAUACAAAACAUACCAACCUGUGUCACUGUAUUCAGUCAGACCGACACAACUUCAAUGAAACAAGAACAUUGUCUUUCAUUAAGUUCUGUUGAAAAUAAAGUUCCCCGAAAUAAAUUUAAUGAAACUGAGAUAGUCAGUAGAGAAAACCACGGUAUACAUAGAAUGUUCCAUAUACCUAAGACUUCUACGAGACAAACGAUUGAUUUAUCUUCUUUGAAUGUGAAUAAACAGAGCAAAGAUUUAUCUUCAAUAUACCACCAUCAUCAUAUUAGAUCAACUGUUGCAUCAUCAUGUAAUACAGGAAUUACUACUUGUCCAUUAUUAACUCAAAAUAUGAAACUUCCACAUAAUGAAAAUAACAAGCUAAAUGAACAUUUAACAUGUAAACAUUAUUUAUCUAAAGAUGAUUUUGAAUCAAAUUCAAUUAUAUUAAGUCCUAUCUGUACUAGUCAACCAAUAACAGAUUAUAAUGAUCGAAUAGUUCCAAAUGAUGUUAAUGUAUACAAAGUGAAAUGUAUUCCUACACAUUCAUGUAAUCGUUCAAAAGACAAUGUUAAGAAGUUCGAUACUAAAUUAGUUCAGACCACAGAUUUUAACGAUCAAAAUGAGUGUACAUGUUAUCACACUUAUAGAAUUCAACCAGGAAUAAAAGAGUCGACUUUAAAUCCUGAAUGGAUUGAACAACUACUUACCUAUAAUACAAAACUUGACAACAAUCAGAAAUCUUCUCAAGAAUAUAAGAAACAUGAAAUUACACAAUCUGUUUAUAUGACACCAAGAUCAACUCUUAUAGCUCAAUUGAGAUAUAUAUUAUUAAAGCAAAAACUUAAAUUAUUACAUACACGAGAUGCUUAUUAUUUAAGAAAGCGUAUUGUAAAUCAUCUUGAAAAGUUUUUAGAUCAAAUAGUUUCAUCAAAUACAUUACCUUUAUCAAAUUCUGUACCGGAUGAUUGGGAUACAGAUACUGAGUCUUUAUUAUCGGAUUUAUUUGAAAAAGAUAACGAUCCUAUAUCGAAUGAGUUAAAUACUGGAAAUAGUCCAAAAUUAAAACCAUCAACACAACAGUGUAACUUAUUAACUGAUGAACAUGGAGAAAAUGAACAAAUCAAUAAGAAAAUGUCAAACAAAAGAUCAUCGUCUUCAUAUGAUAGAGAAAUAUGUAAUAGAAAUGCUCACUUUGAGGAAGCUCAAAAAGAUGUUCAACAGGCUGACAACACAAAUAAGAUUGAAUGUAAAGAUAAUGAUAAACAGUUCACUGAUAUUAAAAAACAAGCAGAGAAUCAAUUAAGUAAAAUGGUUAUGAAUGUACAUGUCAAUCAACCUUCAUCUUUAUCAAUAUGUAAGAAUUUGAACGAAACUUUAUCAAGGUUCAUUCAUCGUGAUCAUCAUGUUGAAGGUGAAAAAUCAUUCAAAGAUCAUUGUUCAUUAAAUACAAACAUUCGAUUAUAUCCAUCCUCAGACGAUAUAGUGAAUGGCGUAUGUGCAGCAUUAGGUGGUAUAUCUUGGUUUCAACCUUUCAAUGAUAAUUAUAUUAAUAAAGAAAAACAUCAACCAAUAAGAAACCAUUCAGUGAUCAGACAUACCAAAUUAAAUGAUCAUUUUGAUUUGAAACAUGAUCCAAAAUCAUUCAAGGAAUUUCAUUUGAAUAGUAAAAAGUUACAUAUUUUAAACAAACCACACAAUGUACAUACUUCUAAGAUCUCAUAUUGUAUACCAACUAAUAAUAAAGAUCUAAAAAGCGAUUAUAAUGAAGUGAAUGAUAUUUGUUCAUGUCAAUGUUAUAUGGAAGAAUCUCCUGAUAUAAUAAAUGAUAAAAAUCAAGAACAAACUGUAACAUCGAAAUCAAUGGUAGAUAUGCAAUGUACUAACUUCACCAUAUGGAGAAUACAACACCACUACUACAUACCGUCGACAAAUUGGCUUACGAAGGGAAAUCCAAUAGCUUGUCAAAUCCGAAAAUAA